AUGGUUCUCGUACUCGCUGCGAGCGAAGAGGAGCCUGUAGGUGGCCAUCAGAGGUCUCCCCCUGGAGGCCCGUACCCCGCCAACAACGUGGCAUGCCCGGUCUUCAAGCGGGAAGCGCGAAACAAACGUGCGGGAACUAUCGCCCGCACGACGCCAGCACUCGAGCCAGCGCCGACGGUCGAGGAGACGGCGCCCUCGACCCUAAUGGCGCCAGCAAAUCCGCCCGCUGAGAGGGGAGUCGCCCUCUCGAAUAGGAGAAAGAAGAAACGAAGCGCCAAGAAGAAGCCUGCCUCCACCGGUUCUCAACUAGCGGGAGAACCUGUAGCCCCUCCACCACCAAACACCGGCCCAGAGCGGGUGCAGCCCACACCUGCACCAGCGCAACCCGGGCAGAGUGCCGCCGAUACCACGACCAUGCUGCUCCUCCUGGGCUAA